AUGACAUUACAAAGUGAACAACCUCCACAAUGGGCAGAUGCCCUAAGUAAAAUCUUAUCAGAUUUGAAAAAUAAAAAAGAAGAAGAUAGAAUAAGAGGUGCAAAGAAUUUAAAGAAUUAUGUAAUAACUCAAUCAAGAGAAAUGACAAAUGAAAACUUUUCCAAUUUUAUGCAAGAUGUAAAUACGAUAAUCUUUGAAUUGGUAAAUAGUAGUGGUAUAACAGACAAGAUUGGAGGUAUUUUGGCAAUCGAUGAAUUGAUAGAUGUAGACUAUGACGAAAACGCAGCAAAGAUUACAAAAUUGGCCAAUUAUCUACGUUAUGGACUGAGUACCAACGAUCAGACAGUCAUGAUGAUGGCGUCGCGUGCAUUGGGACGUUUGGCGAGAUCAAGUGGAACAUUGACAGCAGAGUGUGUCGAGUUUGAAGUGACACGUGCCUUGGAAUGGUUGUCUGGUGAACGUGUAGAGAAUCGUCGUCAGGCAUCGGUAUUGGUGCUCAAAGAGUUGGCACAAAAUGCACCAACACUCUUUUAUGUGCAUGCAGCUUCGUUUAUCGAUCUCAUUUGGGUGGCACUAAAGGACGUCAAGUUGUCGAUCCGUGAAGGUGCCGUCGAGGCAUUACGUGCCUGUCUAGAACUCAUUGCCGAGCGUGAAAGUAGACUACGUCUACAAUGGUACCAAAAGAUCUAUGACGAGAGUCAAAAGGCUUUCAAACAAAAUGGUUCACCAGAAGCACUGCACGGUUCACUCAUCACUCUUGGUGAAUUGCUACGUAAUACCGGUGACUUUAUGGUCAACAAAUUCAAAGAUGUUUGUGAUACUAUACUCAAACAUAAAGAUCACCGUGACAAACUCGUUAAAAAGACUGUCAUUGUACUACUUCCACGUCUUGCCAUCUUUUCACCAAGAGAGUUUGUCCAUCUCCAUCUAAACACUUGUAUCAAUUAUAUAUUAUCGGCGCUACGUAACCAAAACGAACGUUCCUAUUCGUUUAUUGCACUUGGUGAGAUUGCACAAGCUGUCGGUGGCUCUAUCAAACCCUAUCUCGAUAAUAUUGUAGUCAAUAUAAAGACUGCACUCCAAACCAAGGGUAAACAGUUUUGUCCCGAAGUUUUAACCUGUAUAUCCAUGUUGUCGUCGGCUGUUGGUCCAGGAAUGAUUCCUCAUAUGCAAGUCAUCUUGCCUCAAAUGUUUGCUCCAGGUCUUACUCAGGUGCUUACCGAAGCAUUGAGAGACUUGACCGUUUCACUACCGGCACUCAUUCCACAUAUUCAACAAAAGCUGUUGACCCUCCUAUCACAAGUACUUGCCAACAAACCAUUCUCACAACCAGGUGCACCAAAUCAUUAUCGAAAAUCAACUGCUCCAUUCCAAAACCUAUCGGUUACCCAUGCCGUCGCCAGUACUGCCGCGUCAGAUGUCGACCCCGAAAUGAUUGCACUCGCUCUCAAAACAUUGGGUAGUUUCGACUUGUCCAAACACAAUCUGCUAGAGUUUGUUAGAGAAUGUGUCGUUGGCUAUUUGGAUGACGACAAUAGUGAAAUUCGUCGUGAAGCAGCCAUUACUUGUUCACAGCUUAUGGUUCGUCCAGGUGAACCUGCACCCACUCGUGGUCAUAGUGCCGUCAUUGUUGGUGAAGUACUUGAAAAGUUGUUGGUCGUAGGUAUUGCCGAUCCAGAUCCAUCUAUUCGUCGUACUGUCCUAUCCUCUUUGGAUACUCGUUUCGAUCAUCAUUUGGCACAAGCAGAAAACCUUCGUUCACUUUUUAUAGCACUCAAUGACGAAGUGUUUGAAAUUCGUGAACUUGCCAUUUCAGUUAUCGGUCGUCUUACCAUUCGUAAUCCUGCCUAUGUCAUGCCAUCACUCCGAAAGACAUUGAUUCAGUUGUUGACUGAACUCGAAUUUUCAGGUGAUUCAAGAAACAAAGAAGAAUCUGCUCGUCUACUCGGUCAUCUUAUUGGAGCAUCGGAAAAGUUGAUCAAACCCUAUGUCGAACCAAUCCUCAAGGCACUACUUCCAAAACUAAGAGAUUCAAAUCCAAGAGUAGCAUCUUGUGUUUUGGCAGCACUUGGAGAGUUGUCUGUUGUAGGUGGUGAUGAAAUGUCACAACAUAUCGAUCAACUCCUCCCUCUCAUCAUUGAUACACUUCAAGAUCAAUCAAGUACAAGUAAAAGAGAGGUGGCACUAAAGACUCUUGGUCAAUUGGCAAGUAGUACUGGUUAUGUGAUUCGUCCAUUUGCCAAAUACCCAAUGUUGCUAGACAUUUUAUUAAAUGCCAUAAAGACUGAAAGAAUUGCAUCGAUUCGUAGAGAGGUCAUAAAGGUACUUGGUAUUUUGGGUGCACUAGAUCCAUACAAACACAAGAUGAAUGAAUUGGGUCAACGUAGAGAAGAUCCAAAGUUGGAUGACAAGUCUAGUAGUAGUAGCAGUGGUGCUGGUACUAGUGUCAUUGACUCGAUCAAUAUCAGUCCAUCAUCUGAAGACUAUUAUCCAACCGUUGCCAUUACAGCACUCAUGAAAAUUCUUCGUGAUCCAUCUCUAUCGGCUCAUCAUUCUUCAGUCAUUCAAGCUGUCAUGUUUAUAUUUAAAAGUCUUGGUUUCAAAUGUAUCCCUUUCCUUCCCCAAAUCAUGCCACCAUUCCUUCAUGUCAUGAAUAGUUGUGAACCUGGUUUCCGUGAUUUCCUAUUUCAACAAUUAAGUACUCUAGUUUCAAUUGUUAAACAACAUAUUAGAGAUUAUUUAAAUGAUAUUUUUAUUUUGAUUGAAAAAUAUUGGAAUUCAUAUUUAUUAAUACCAAUUAUACAUUUGGUAGAAGAAAUAUCGACAGCUUUAAAUGAUGAGUUUAAAGUUUAUUUACCAAAUUUAAUUCCACAAAUGUUAAAUGUAUUGCAUACUGAUAGAAGUCCAAAGAGAUUACCAACAACCAAAGUAUUAAAAGCAUUAGAAGUAUUUGGUACCAAUUUGGAUGAUUAUUUACAUUUGGUGAUUCCUGCAGUCGUUAAAUUGUUUGAACAAGUUGAUGUUACAACUCAAGUUCGAACUUUGGCAAUUCAAACUAUUGGUAGAUUAUGUAAAAAGUUGAAUUUUUCAGAUUAUGCAUCACGUAUCAUUCAUCCAUUGGCAAGAGUUUUGGAUGUACCAGGUGAAAAUGAUCUAAAAGAUGAUGCACUUCAAACACUCUGUUCAUUGGUCUAUCAAUUGGGAUCAGAUUAUGCAAUCUUUAUUCCAAUGGUAGGAAAGGUAUUAAACAAGAGAGAAAUUUCAAGUGCAUCUUAUGAAUUGUUGGUAUCGAAAUUGUUAAAAAAUCAACAACUCAUAUCUACUGGUGGACCAGAAGAUUUCCCAGGUGCUCGUCAUCCAGAUACUGUUUCAGAGGAUGGUCAAAACACUACUCCAUCACCGGAAAUUGGAUUCAAAAAAUUAAAAGUCAAUGAACAACACCUAAAGAAUGCAUGGGAAACUAGUCAAAGAUCAACCAAAGAAGAUUGGGUAGAAUGGAUUAGAAGAUUUUCAGUUGAAUUGUUAAGAGAAUCACCAUCACCAGCUCUUCGUUCGUGUCUAUCAUUGGCUCAAGAUUAUCAUCCCUUGGUCAAGGAAUUAUUUAAUGCAGGGUUUGUUAGUUGUUGGACUGAACUACAUGAACAAUAUCAAGAUGAAUUGGUACAUAGUUUAGAGGCAGCUCUCAUGUCACCAAACAUUCCACCCGAAAUUCUACAAACCCUACUCAAUUUGGCCGAGUUUAUGGAGUUGCACGAAAAACCUCUGCCAAUUGACAUUCGUACAUUGGGAGCAUUGGCUGAAAAGUGUCAUGCCUAUGCCAAGGCACUUCAUUACAAGGAAAUUGAAUUCCAACAAUCGAUUGGAUCAAAUUCUACCAUUGAAGCAUUAAUCUCUAUCAAUAAUCAGCUGCAACAACCAGAAGCUGCUAUUGGUAUUUUGAUUUAUGCUCAAAAGAAUCAUAGUGUCGAACUCAAAGAAACUUGGUAUGAAAAGUUGCGUCGUUGGGAAGAUGCUUUGGCCGCCUAUGAAAGAAAACAAAAGGAUGAUACGUUGACCAACAUUGAUAAUACUCUUGGUAUUAUGAGAUGUCUUCAUGCUCUUGGAGAAUGGGAACGUCUAUCAUUGUUGUCUGCGGAUCUUUGGAAAACUGCAAGUGAAAGUACUCGUACUGCUAUUGCCCCUCUUGCAUCUGCAGCAGCAUGGAAUCUUUCAUCAUGGGAUUCAAUGGAUGAAUAUGCUCGUGCCAUGAGUCUAGAUUCUAUUGAAGGUUCAUUUUAUCGUGCCAUUCUAGAAGUACACAAAGACAACUUUACCCAAGCUUCUUGUUUUAUAGAAAGAGCUCGUAGUCUGGUCGACACUGAACUCACUGCUCUUCUCGGUGAAUCAUACAAUAGAGCCUAUAAAAUGGUUGUUCGUUUACAACAAUUAUCAGAACUAGAAGAAAUCAUUGAAUAUAAAAAGUCGACCGAUUCUAUUGACCGAAAGACAAUGAUCAAGAAUACAUGGAAAAAACGUCUAUCUGGAUGUCAAAUGAAUGUUGAUAUUUGGCAAAGUGUAUUGGCAGUUCAUUCUUUGGUCAUUUCACCUCACGAAGAGCUAGACAUGUGGCUUAAAUUUGUUGGUCUAUGUCGUAAAGGAAGUCGUUUGGGUUUGGCUCAAAAGACGCUGACCAUGUUGAUGGGCAAGGAUCCAAAUGCACUUCAAUUUGGUCAACUAUUACCAAACACUCAUCCACGUAUUACAUUUGCCUAUAUCAAACAACUUUGGAGUGCUGGUGCCAAACAACCAGCCUUUGAGCGCCUUCGUACAUUUGUACAGGCAAUGCGUGAUACCGACGACCACCCACUCCAAGCACGUGCCUAUUUGAAACUUGGUGAAUGGCAAAGUGCACUCGGUGACGUACUCAACGAAGCAUCGAUCCCACAAAUCAUUGCAUCAUUUAAAUCUGCCACUGAAAUGGAUCCCAAUUGGUACAAGGCAUGGCAUUCAUGGGCAUUGAUCAAUUUUGAAGUAGUCUCUCACUAUGAACAAAAUAGUGGUACAGCCGAACAAAUUGCAGCACACCUCUUGCCUGCCGUCAAUAGUUUUUUCAAAUCGAUUGCAUUGGCUCCCGAUCAAUCACUUCAAGAUACUCUACGUCUCCUAACUCUAUGGUUUAAACAUGGUGCUCAAAAGGAAGUUGAACAAAGUUUAAUGCAAGGUUUUAAUGACAUUAGUAUUGAUACUUGGUUACAAGUCAUUCCUCAGUUGAUUGCUCGUAUUCAUGCUCCUGUUUUCCCAGUUCGUCGUCUUUUACACGAACUAUUGGAUAAUAUUGGUAAAGAACAUCCACAAGCUCUAGUUUAUCCAUUGACAGUUGCCACCAAAUCACAAUCACCUGCUCGUCUUGCAGCUGCCAAACUUAUUAUGGAUCGUAUGAGAAAACAUACUAGUUUGGUUGAUGUCGCUCUACCAAUCUCUCAAGAAUUGGUUCGUUCAGCCAUUUUAUGGCAUGAAAUGUGGUAUGAAGGACUUGAAGAAGCAAGUCGUCAAUACUUUGGUGAACACAAUCCAGAUGCCAUGUUGGCAACCCUCGCACCACUCCAUCAAAUCCUUGAAAAGGGUCCAGAAACUACCAGUGAAACCAGUUUUAUCCAUGCAUUUGGACGUGAUCUUGCAGAAGCUUUGGAAUGGUCUAAAAAGUAUGAACGUUCUCGUAAAGAAGGUGACCUCAAUCAAGCUUGGGAUCUCUACUAUCAAGUUUUCCGUCGUAUCUAUAAACAACUGCCACAAAUGAUUUCGUUGGAGCUUCAAUACAUUUCACCCAAACUUAUGAAUAGUGUAGAUAUGGAUCUAGUAGUUCCAGGUACCUAUAGAGCUGGUGAACCAAUCAUUCGUAUUCAAUCAUUUAGUUCAAUCCUUUCGGUUAUCCCAUCCAAACAACGUCCACGUAAACUAACCAUUAUUGGUAGUGAUGGUCUGGAAUAUACCUUUUUACUAAAGGGACAUGAAGAUUUGCGUCAAGAUGAAAGAGUCAUGCAAUUGUUUGGUUUGGUCAACACAUCGUUGUCGGCCAAUCACGAGACUGCCAAAUCACAUCUUUCCAUUCGUCGUUUUUCUGUCAUUCCACUCUCGCCCAACUCUGGUCUCAUUGGAUGGGUACCUCAUUCCGAUACUCUUCACACCCUCAUCAAAGAUUAUCGUGAGAGUAGCAAGAUCCUACUCAACAUUGAACAUCGUCUCAUGUUGCAAAUGUGUACCGACUAUGAUAACCUCACACUCUUGCAAAAGGUUGAAGUCUUUGAAUAUGCACUCGAAUCGACCAAUGGUCAAGAUCUCCACAAGGUCCUCUGGCUCAAGAGUAGAAACAGCGAGAUUUGGUUGGACCGUCGUACCAAUUACACCCGUUCCCUCGCAGUCAUGUCUAUGGUUGGUUACAUUCUCGGUCUCGGUGAUCGUCAUCCAAGCAACUUGAUGUUGGAUCGUCACACUGGCCGUAUCCUUCACAUUGAUUUUGGUGAUUGUUUUGAAGUUGCCAUGCACCGUGAAAAGUAUCCCGAAAAGAUCCCAUUCCGUCUCACCCGUAUGCUCAUCAAUGCCAUGGAAGUGUCUGGCAUUGAAGGAAACUUUAGAUUGACUUGCGAGACGGUCAUGACUGUACUCCGUAACAACAAGGAAUCACUCACCGCCGUACUAGAAGCCUUUGUCCACGACCCAUUGAUCAAUUGGCGUCUUUUAACUCCCAACGCACACAUUGACAAGGACAAGGAACAAAAGAUUAAACAACAGGAUCUCGUCAAUGUUGAAAAUGGAGACAAUAGUCCUUUGGAACCAUCACCUCCUCCUGCCCUCGCUGGCAGUCCCGUCCAUCGUCAACCACUCAUCACCCGUGGCCACCAUGGUCGUGUCGAUGAACAAGUCGAGCCAGAGGUCGUCCCAGAGGCAUUAAACGAACGUGCCCUCUCUGUAAUCAAUCGUGUAAAUAAGAAACUCACCGGUAGAGAUUUUGGAAAUUCUCCUACUCCCCUCGACGUACCAGAACAAGUCCAAAAACUUAUAGACCAAGCUACGAGUCAUGAAAACCUUUCUCAAUGUUAUGUUGGUUGGUGUGCUUUUUGGUAA